UCUGUUUCUCUUUAGAGCAGAACGUGUUUUGUGUCAUCAUGUCUGGCCGAGGUAAGGGCGGGAAGGGUCUGGGCAAAGGCGGCGCUAAGCGCCACCGCAAAGUCCUGCGCGACAACAUCCAGGGCAUCACUAAGCCCGCCAUCCGCCGCUUGGCUCGGCGGGGAGGAGUGAAGCGCAUCUCCGGCCUCAUCUACGAGGAGACCCGCGGUGUGCUGAAGGUGUUCCUGGAGAACGUGAUCCGCGACGCCGUCACCUACACAGAGCACGCCAAGCGCAAGACUGUCACUGCCAUGGAUGUUGUCUAUGCGCUUAAGCGCCAGGGCCGCACUCUCUACGGCUUCGGUGGUUGAUGGCAUCCACACCUUCACAACACAAGUAUAUAAAGGCCCUUUUCAGGGCCACCCA